GAGAGAGAGAGAGAGAGAGAGAGAGGGUACUAAGGCUUAGCUUUGUCUUGUACCAGACAACAUCUUAGAAUAGUAUGACCUGAAUUUCUUGUCUAUGCGCCCCAACACUACUGAAUUGUUCAUUUCUUCUUCCCAUGCCCUUCCUCUGUAAUGAAAGCCGUGGUGUGAGCCUUGGUUUCUCUUUUUGUUCACACACACACACACACACACAGAGAGAGAGAGAGAGAGAGAGAGAGAGAGAGAGGUCUUCCAGUUUUACAAGCAAAAGUACCAAGCCAGUCCAACAUUGGGUCUUGAACUGCUAUUCAGAACCAACAAAUUUAUCAUUCUCCUGCUAGUUUAGUGUUCCAAGCUCCUUCCCAAGUUCCGGAACCUGUUUUCUAUAAUUUCUUUUUCUUGAAUCCUUGUGGUAGACUAUUUUAUGUUGUCACUCUACUUUGUUUGUGUCCAAGUUUUUUAUUCAAAUCUUUGAGCCAGACUAUUUUACGAGGAAGAGAAGGGUGUCUUCUUAAUAUUCCUAGAAGAAAAAGUGGCUAGCAAAUUCUCCACUUUCGUGGGACAGAGACUCCCCGUUUUGUCUGAAAAAGAAGCACCCAGCAUUCUCUACGCUCUAGAUUUUCUCAGCAAUGGGAUCUGUCCAUUAAGCUACCAGCUUCUGCCCUCUCCAUUGGACUUCGUAGUCCGACACUUGUUUAUACUUCCUCACUCCAAAAGGUUUCUUAGAUUGUAGAUGAACAAGAAAUAAACCCCAAAAGCACAUAUCCGAGACCGCCUUCUUAUGUUAUUGGGUGGAAGACGAGCAAUAGGACACAAAACUCUUGCUUUCCUCCCCUUCUUCUGCUAGAGAAAACAGAAUCGACAUGUCAUCUUUGGAGGGCUUAGCUUCCUCUCUCCUACCAGAAUAGUAAUAAAUGUGAUGAAAAUUCUUAGGGCCUCUUAUUUGGAAAUAUCAGAAUGCUUCUACUGGUGCAAUAAGGUGAGAGUGGGUGGGAUUUCUUGUGAGUUCUGAGUAGUGAUCUAGGUUAUAUGUCGAGCAAUGGCGACGGGCGCCCAAAUCCCGGAAGAGAUGCCUGAGAAGCACCGGAGGAAGCAGCUUGCAACUACUGUUAGGAACAUACGGUGGAGCUAUGCAAUCUUUUGGUCUAUCUCAACAAGACAACAAGGGGUCUUAGCAUGGCGUGAUGGGUACUAUAAUGGUGAUAUAAAGACGAGGAAGACUACUCAGCUAAUGGAGUUUAAAGCUGAUCAAAUUGCUCUACAGAGAAGUGAGCAAUUGAGAGAGCUAUACGAGUCUCUUUCAGCAGGUGACAGCAAACAGCCGAGCACAAGACCUGCAUCACUAUCACCUGAAGAUCUGACAGAGGCGGAGUGGUAUUACUUGGUUUGCAUGUCUUUCACAUUCAGUCCAGGCCAAGGGUUGCCAGGUAAAGCCUUAACAAGCAAUCAGUAUAUCUGGUUGAGCAAUGCUCAGUUUGCAGAUAGUGGAAUUUUCUCACGCUCUCUUUUAGCGAAGAGUGCAUCUAUCCAGACUGUGGUGUGUAUUCCCUUCAUGUAUGGUGUUCUUGAGCUGGGUACAGCUGAAUUGGUUUUGGAGGAUCCUGCGCUCAUACAUCAAAUCAGGACUUCCUUCUGGGAGCUGCCAAUCCCUGUUUGCUCUGGGCAAUCUAUAUCCAGUUCUCCAUUGGCUGAAAAGGAUGAAGAUACCUUGUUCCCUAAUCUUGAUCAUGAAGUUGUUGACACGAUGGUUUCGGAGGAUCAUCACUUAAUGGCUGCUUGUCUGGCCCCUUUGGAGAGUGGGCCAUCAGCUGUCCCUUUUGAUAUUCAUUCUCAUGUCCUUGACAAAGAGAAUGAGCUAAUCCAGGAUAAGGUUGAGGAAUUGUGUGCAAAUAUCAGCGAAGAACUUAAAGUAGGUUCUCCUGAUGCUAGUGCAAGUCAUGUGUUGUCGGAGAGAAGGAGAAGAGAAAAGCUAAAUGAGAAGUUCCUUGUUCUCAGAUCACUGGUUCCUUUCGUUAGCAAGGUUGACAAGGCAUCCAUCCUUGGUGGCACAAUAGAGUAUCUGAAAGAGCUUGAGAGAAGGGUAGAGGAAUUAGAAUCUUGCAGAGAGUUAGGGAAGCCUGAGCCUAGAGGAAGAAGGAUGCAUCCUGAUAUAGCAGAGAGGACAUCUGAUAAUUAUGGCAACAAGAAGAUUGCAAAUGGCAUGCAGUCUUGUGCAAACAAGAGGAAGGCUUGCGACAUCGAUGAAACAGCGGUCGAGCAUUGUGGCGUCCUGUCAAAGGAUGGUCCAGUUAAUGUUAUUGUUACUGUGAUGGAGAAAGAGGUUCUCCUGGAACUGCAAUGUCAAUGGAGGGAAUGUUUGCUUCUUGAGGUAGUUGAUGCGAUACGCAACCUCCAUUUAGAUCCUCUUUCUGUCCAGUCAUCCACUGGUGAUAACAAUCUCGCAGUGACCAUAAAAGCUAAGUUUAAGGGUUCAGUUGUAGCAUCGCCAGGAAUGAUCAAGCGGACACUGCAGAGAGUUGUAGGUAAAUGUUGAGGAUAGUUUAUUCUGGUAGGCCCUAUACUAAUUACCAAUGUAAGAAAAUCUUGAGGUUGUAGAAUACAUUUAAAUUUCUGGUGAGCCAUGAGAACAUACUCUGGUUAACAUGUAUGUGACUUUGUGCAAUCCCUUCCAGUUGUUUUAUCUGUAACUAGGCUCUGCUCCUCUGUUGACGAUUUUAUUUAUAUCUGUCUGGACAUCUAUAACGUUUACCA